AUGCUUCCACCCGGCAGCCCAGGGCGCAAGAUCCUCGGAUUUCUUUUUGGCAUCAACGACAGGAUCUAUAAUUUGAUGUGGUCGCAUGAUAAAGGAAUACCAACGGAGCAUGUCGACUACACUCUGGUCACGAUGAUGCUUGGCGAUGAAAGCGGAGCCGGCGGCCUUCAGCCUCAGAUGGAACUCUACGACGAUCUCGGGGCCAUGAUUGGACAUCGCAUGACGAAGGACAGCGACCGGAUCGAAAAGAACAACAACCUCGAUGAUUCCAUUUACAAAAUCGAACACAACGUGCACGUCGACAAGAUGACAACGCCAAAGUACAUCGUCAUCAACCAGUGGAGUUCCGAUGCCGUCUGCAUCUCGGCGAUCCAGGUGUCAAACGGGAAGCUCUCCUCCGUCUUUUAUGGUGAUCUUGGGGCACUUUGUGGGCAGAGCUGGUUUUUCAGCCGGCGUCGACUUGAUGCAAAACUCAUGCAUCCCAAGUGCGUCUGGCUAGAUGAGGACCAUACCGCCGGCUUCAAUGCGCGAGCCAUGAGCUUUCAUCUUAACGACAUGCUUGGAACACCAGACAAGGUCAAGAUGUACAGGGAGAACCCUAAGGAAUACUUGUGUAAAAGUGCCCCUCGUUUCUCGUUCUGGUACCAAAUUCGCCCAGGGGCAAAGCUGCCUCUCUUCAGCCCUCCUCUGGAGUACGAGCGAGACGCAAUCACUGGACAAGAAGGCCGGGACAAGGACCCAGCCCGCGCAAUCGACAAAGUGAAGUGGGACAAGAUGGCCGACCACGACCCUAGGCCCAUCACUAGGCGCUCUUUGACGGCGUCUAAACGAAGAGACAAGAGAGAGAAGCUGGCCAAGAGACAAGGCACAAACCCUGACAUUACCCAUCUCAUCGUCACCCGCGCCGAAGAACAUGCAGCAUCGUUGGUUUGCAACAGCACAACGUCUUAUGGACAUGAUGUGGUUUCCCUUCACGAGAAGACGUUUUGCGAUAUGACUGUCAAGAGACUCUACGAUCUUUGCGGUGGCUCUUUCAAAGAGAACUGUUUUGACGUUGAACGGAGAAUUCUAAUAGGUCACGGCGGAAUCAACGCUCGUGGCGAAGUAUCCGCUGUUGGUAUUCCUCAGAAGCGGUAUCUUACAUCAGCCCAAUGGGAAGAAUAA